GUGGAGGAGGAGGAGAGAGCUGUCAAAGAGGAGGAGGAGAACAGGGACGUGUCUGCUCCAGAUCUAGACGAAGAGGAGGAAGAUGUAGAUAGUAUCACUGACCCAGGAGAGAGCUCCAACCCAGGUUCAGACAGUGAGCCCAGUUCCACAGCAUCAGGAAACCAUAAACAACACAGACGGAGGAACUCAAGACAGAAACAUCACCACUGCAUGGACUGCUUCACUAGUUUCUAUGAUCCAGAGGAGUUGAGAAGACACACUUGUAGGCCCCACAGCUGUUCAGAUUGCAAAGGCAGUUUAAUUUGUCCAACUCACCUCAUACCACAUAAAAAGACCCUCAAGAGAAAGAAAACGUACCCGUGUGGUCAAUGUGGGAAGAGAUUUCAGACACCAAGCAGCUUGAAGACGCACCAGCUUACUCACACAGGAAAGAAGUCGUACCACUGCUCCCAGUGUAGGAAGACUUUCAGUUGUUCGUUCAAUUUGAAGAGGCAUCAGAGAAUACAUACAGGAGAGAAGCCUUUCCACUGCUUCCAAUGUGGGAAGAGCUUCCGUAUGGAAGGACAGCUAAACGAACACAAGAGAAUACAUACAGGAGAGAAGCCGUACCACUGCUUUCAGUGUGGGAAGAGCUUUGGUCGGGCAGGAGCUCUAAAGGCACACCAGCUAAUUCACACAGGAGAGAAGCCAUACCACUGCUCUCAGUGUGGGAAGACCUUCAGUCAGGCAGGACACCUGAAGACACACCAUAGAACUCACUCGGGAGAGAAGCCGUACCACUGCUCUGCUGUGGUGGCUGCCGCGAUAGGUUUCUCCACUCUACAGGCUGUGGGGGCUGCCGCGAUAGGUUUCUCCACUCUACAGGCCGUGGGGGCUGCCGCGAUAGGUUUCUCCACUCUACAGGCUGUGGGGGCUGCCGCGUCUACAUCAAAGCUCCUCCCAUCACAAAGCUCCUCCCAUCAGCUCAAAGGCGGCAAGUUUAACCCAGUGGUCCACAGACGUCCUGCCGGAGACAUGGACACAGCAGAGUUCUGA